GCGCUCCGCUCCAGUCUGGUAAGAAGCUUCAUCUCCAAAUAGGAUGACCGUCGGCUUUUGUGGAGGGGACUGCUUUCAGCGCCGUAGAUAGUUCUGGGACACCCGUUUUGUUCAGUUUACGAGCGAGGAGUUUGAAAUCCGAAACGUUGUUUUUUCUCUCUAGUGUGGAUUUCCGAUGGAUAUUCCGAUUUGAAGAGGUGUGAUUUGAGAGCGGCAUGUAACAAAAAGAAGCGCAUGAGAAAAGUAGCGCUCGUAUUGUUAUUCUGACCGAGCACCGUCUGAACCGCGUUGAGAGCCAUAACUCAUGGAUUACUAAAAUAUAUACAUAUAAAAACUCCGAGGCAUAUACAUUCAUGAGCUGAAGGCUGAGGUAAAUCUUUAGCACCAGCAGAGGACCAGCAGCAGCAACAGCAGCAGCAGCAGCAGUGUUGGUGCGACCAUGAGGUCAGAGGCCUUGUUACUCUACUUCACGCUACUGCAAAUAGCCGGGGCGGGCUUCCCUGAAGACAGCGAGCCUAUUAGCAUCUCACACGGCAACUACACAAAACAGUAUCCGGCGUUUGUUGGCCACAAACCUGGCAGGAACAACACGCAGCGGCACAAACUGGAUAUCCAGCUCAUCAUGAUCAUGAACAGGACGUUAUACAUUGCUGCCAGGGAUCACAUAUACACGGUGGACACAGACACUGCCAACAGUGAUGAGAUCUUUUUCAGCAAGAAAAUGACAUGGAAGUCCAGACAGGCUGAUGUGGACACUUGCAGAAUGAAAGGGAAACACAAGGACGAGUGUCACAAUUUCAUUAAAGUCCUCCUGCAGCAAAAUGAGGACACCUUGUUUGUUUGUGGAACUAAUGCUUUCAACCCAUCCUGCCGAACCUACAAGCUCGACACCCUGGAGGCUCUGGGAGAGGAGAUCAGUGGGAUGGCACGCUGCCCAUAUGACGCCAAGCACGCCAAUGUUGCCCUCUUUGCUGAUGGCAGGCUGUACUCGGCCACCGUAACAGACUUUCUAGCAAUCGAUUCGGUCAUCUAUCGUAGCCUGGGAGACAGUCCGACUCUGCGCACUGUCAAACACGACUCCAAAUGGCUGAAAGAGCCAUACUUUGUCCAGGCCGUCGAUUACGGGGACUUCAUCUACUUCUUCUACCGGGAAAUUGCUAUGGAGUACAACACAAUGGGAAAGGUGGUCUUUCCUCGAGUAGCCAGGGUCUGCAAGAACGACCGAGGCGGCUCGCCCCGUGUCCUGGAGAAGCAGUGGACCUCAUUUCUCAAGUCUCGCAUGAACUGCUCGAUCCCCGGCGAUUCCCAUUUCUACUUCAACAUCCUGCAGGCUGUGACAGAAGUCAUCCACAUCAACGGCAGGGACAUAGUCAUGGCAACCUUCUCUACACCUUACAACAGUAUUCCAGGCUCUGCUGUGUGCGCCUAUGACAUGGCUGAGGUGGCCAACACCUUCACAGGGCGUUUUAAAGAGCAGAAAUCCUCAGACUCCACCUGGACGCCUUUUCCUGAAGACAAGGUUCCCAAGCCAAGGCCCGGUAAUUGUGCAGGCACUCCAUCCAUGGAGAGGUACAAGGUAUCCAAUGAGUUCCCCGAUGACACACUCAACUUCAUCAAAAUGCAUCCUCUGAUGGACGAGGCUGUGCCCUCCAUUGCCAACAGGCCCUGGUUCCUUAAGACAAUGGUUCGGUAUCGUCUUACUCGCAUUGUGGUGGACAAUGAGGCGGGUCCCUAUAGGAACCACACAGUGGUCUUCCUGGGAUCUGAGAAAGGUAUCAUCGUCAAGUUCCUGGCCAACAUGAACAGUGGCAUCCUGAACGAUAGCCUGUUUCUGGAGGAGCUCAAUGUCUACAACCCUGACAAGUGCAGUAUAGAUGGCGUGGACGAUAAGCGAAUCAUUGGCAUGCAGAUAGACAGUAAGAUUCACGCUUUGUGGGUCGCUUUCACCUCCUGCGUUGUUAAAGUGCCGCUGUCGCGCUGUGAUAGACACGGAAGAUGCAAGAAGUCUUGUAUAGCCUCCAGAGACCCGUACUGUGGUUGGGUGUCAGAAGGUGCCUGCAAACAGGUGGUUGGCGACAUCAAAUCAGCCUUUGAGCAGGACGUGGAGCAUGGUAACACAGAUGGCCUGGGAGACUGCCAAAACACCUUUGUGGCGCUGAACGGCCACCAUCACCGCCACCAUCCUCACACCCUCUCACUGCCCACCUCGGCCCUACCCGAGGCCGCCGAGGUCCCACUGGGGCGGGGCCGCAUGGUUGAGCGGAAGGACCCCCCCAUGAGCUCAGACAAAGGGGAGGACCCCUACGUAGCCGUGCCCUCUCAGACUCAGCCAGAAACCAAUGGUGUGAUCCGUGAAAGCUACCAGAAGGGCCGUGACCAGCUAAUUCCUGUGACAUUGUUGGCCAUCGCUGUCAUCCUAGCCUUUGCCAUGGGCGCAAUCUUCUCUGGAAUCAUUGUUUACUGUGUCUGUGACCACCGACGGCGAGACGUAGACCUGACAGGCCGCAAGGAAAAGGACAGCCACCAUCUCCACUCCCGCCGGGGCUCCAUGAACAGUGUGACCAAGCUGACGGGUCUGUUCGAGACACAGGUCAAAGACGGUCGCCCCGAGGCAAUCCUCACCCCUUUGAUGCACAACGGGAGACUGACUCCAAAUGGAAAGAUGCUGAUAAAAGCUGACCAGCACCACUUGGACCUUUCCGCUCUGCCAACGCCUGAAUCCACCCCCAUGCAGCCACGUCGGAAGCCCAGCCGGGGUAGCCGGGAGUGGGAGAGGAACCAAAACCUCAUCAACGCCUGUACCAAGGAUAUGCAAACGAUGGGCUCCCCGGUUAUCUCAGACCUACCGCUGAGGGCCUCACCGGGACACAUCCCCAGCGUGGUAGUCCUGCCUCUGCCACAGCAUCAGCACCAGCUCCAGCCUCACCUGCAGCAGCACCAGCAUUCCUACCAGCACGAGUAUGUGGAGCAGCCCCACCAUAGUGAUCUCAGCAUGGGCCACGGUGUCAUGGACGACCAGGGGGCCACGCUGGAGUACAAGACAGUCAAAAGUACCUGUCACAAUGUUAACAUGGUGGAUGCAGAUGGGAUGCUACCGCCACGUGUGCCCCAACGAGAGGCCUCUCUCACUGUCCCUCCGGCCGUCCCACAGAUGGGCAAACGCCUGGAGGUCCACUCAUCAGUCUACGGGCUCCGGAAAGGAUCAGCAUCCAGCGCUUCUGGAUCGUCUGUCCUCAAGAAGCAUAACACCAACUCAUCUAACUCCUCCCAUUUGGCGAGACAUCACAGCUUCAACCGCGUGGAGACGCCGCCCCCUGCCCCUCAGAGGGUGGACUCCAUACAAAUGACAGCACAUGGCAUAUCUCUGUCACGGCACCCUGGAAUGAGCUCCUAUGGUUCACUGCCUCGAACGGGCUUCAAAUAUCUCAAGCCUGAUGUCCCCCCCAAACCCUCCGUAGUCUCACUCUCGACAAAAGUCAAGUCCAGUGACUGCACAUAGUCAGCUAGUUAGCGAGCCAGUCCAACCUGAUCGGACAGUAGUGAACGUUUUCUUUCUGAAAGAGAGAAAAAACAGGGAAAACUGUACAACUUGCAUCUUCUUUUAGUGUUUUUUGUUUUUGGUGUACAGUACAGUGAAAAAUGCAAAACAGUUUUUUAAGAAAUACUUUCUUUUUUUUAUAAAUAUGUAAAUAUUAUACAAAUGGUUGUCGUCAUUUGUUGCCGUCAUGGAGCUCAUGCUCUGGCUGUCUCCCAGUUACACUGUUAACACACAUGGGAACAUGUGCUACUGAAACAGAAGAUGAUGCUUGUCGUGAAUAUUUCAUCCCUGUAGCAUUCAAGACGGUGGCUCUCUUGUUUGUUGUGUCUUUUGCCACCGGGACCUGACUUAAUAUCACAGUGGUAAGAAAGCACACAAGAAGACAGCAUGGGGGGGUUUGGAGAUGAAUCGUUGUACAGUACCUUGAGGACUGGGGAAUCUGCGCGAGCAAGCACUCAGAGACACUGAGCUCGGACUGUAAGGACAGACAGCUUUUCUGCGUUCUUUCAGAAGCUGUGAAAAAGCCUCUCAGUGUUACAGCAAUCAAGUCCUGCCUGGGUUUGCCUGAAAGCCUGGGCCAGAGGAAUCCUCUACUGUACCGAUUACUAAAUAACACAUGACUGUUAAUACUAAUAGCUUGUUGUAUUUAUUUUUAUCAAGUGCUUUUGAAAAAAGACUUUCUAGGUCUCAGAGCGAGAGCGAGGACAGAGAAAAGAUCUUUAAUAUGAAUUAAUCAAGUGUGAGGAAAAACGUAUUUAAAGUCAUUAAACUGGAGCCCUUAGAACUUUCUUGAUGACUAAAGGUCCACAAGGUCUUACUGUGCGCUCAGUGGGGCCUGCAGCUUGAGAUAUAUGUGACCUCUGUGAAGAGGAGGAGGAAAUAUUUAUUUAAAACUGUGCCAGACAUGGACUUUUACCUUUAUGGAUCAGAAUAUCCAUUGUUUUAGACCAAUCAUAAAAAAGACUUCCUGAAUCUCACCUCUUUCACAAUGAGCAUCCCUUCCUUAUCAGCACUGUGGUUAUGUGUAAGUCAGUAACAUUUGUCCUCAUUGGUUGCUGGCUUACCGGUGUUAUCAAAGCUCACUGUUGCAUGUUUCAAAUACAACAGAAGCAGCUGAAGCAACAGUACGAGCAUCUGUAUACACACAUACAAAAUGGAAGCUGUAUCUGACGCUGCUAGCAAAUGGGGAACAUAUCGUCUUUACUAGCAGCGCCACGCAGAUAAGCAGGUAAAAGAAAUCAACAUAAACAUCUGUAUUGCCUGCUUCUUUUUCCACAUGUAAAUUUGUGCCUUACACCCUAAAGUAGUGACAAUGUUUUCUUUAAUAGCUGUUAACUUUGUCUCCUUGUAGUAUUUUUUUAUUUUUCUUACGUCAUGAUAUUUCCCUGGUUUGAUAAAAAUGCAAUUAAAGAAUGUAGGUGUUAUUGUUGUAAUUCUGGUCCCUAGACAUUACACACUUACAGUCGAGAGGGAAGAGAGGAAGGAUUUCCUUUCGUCUUUCACUCUUUCUUACACACACACACACACACACACACGUACAUACACAUUCACAUUCACACACACAUAUCUUUGUGGUUCAUUUCUGAUUGUGCCAUUAAUGCGCUUAAAGCAACCCUUUAUGUUGUGCUGGCAGUGUCCAUGAAGACGUUGUGAGUGUUUUUGAUUUUAUAUUUUAUACAAUUUAAAAGUCCUGGUAUUUGUUUUUACUUUUCGUUGCUGUCUGUUGGUUUGGAGUAAUGGUCGAUUGACUGAUUAACCGAACAAUUAACAUGUGUUACUUGAGAAGGCCAGUGUAUGGGUAUCUUGCUGGUGCACUGCAAUAAUAAAGCAACACUAGCAAACGCACAGUGUGUGAUACACAUAAGCCCCCAAUGUACUACACAGUUCUAGGCUUCUUGUGUACAUCGUAACACUCAGUUGUUAGGCAGUUGCAAAAACAGGCUGGUUCCUGUGAGGAAAGUUGAGAUUUUAAAAAACAAUAUAAAGAAAAUAUAAAAAAUUGACCUAGUUUAACCCCUUUUUGUAAGAAAAAAUGAGGAAGUUAAGUUUUUAUUUUGUUUCUUUAACUCUCCCUACGAACGGCUGAAAGUUUGACUAAUCUGACCUUUUUCUGCUUUUUACUUGAGGAUUUGCAUUGAUCACCCCCAACACUUAAAUCAAUGGAGCACUCCCUUAGUGUUGUAUGUGUAGAUAGGUAAAAGUUUACUCGAUAUCAAGCAAUUUUCUGUUUUUCAAUGGAGGAAAGCCAACUAUGUCUCAAUCCACAGCUAAUGUGAGGAAGAACGUGUGGGAUCUGUGACCUUACUAACGUGUACAUAGACUCUUGCAGGGUUCAUUUGCUAAUGACGGGGUCAUGGGUAAGAGAUUAGAUCAAACAAACUCAGAGUAGGGCACCCUUUCAGGAACAUAGUUCGGGGGAAAUUGAGACAUUCAUCCCAAUACCUAAACCUGUGAUCUUCAAAGUGCAAAUGACGCAAGAUUAGUGUGAAGGGGUUUUCAUUUCUCCAGAAAACCACUCCAUUGUAGCUGGUUACUGGGCUCUACAAGGCCCUAUUUACACCCUCCAGUGUGCUGUAGAGUGCAUGACCCAGCAACUUUCCCAAGCCUGGUAUAUUGCUGAUCUACAACUAAAUAUUUCUUGUCUUGAAAUUUUCAGUUGUAGCAGCUUUCGCCUCUGAGAAUUGCCAUGUCUACACAGUAUGUGAACAUAAAAAUCAAGGCCUGUCUAGGUCAGGAGGUUAAAUGUCCACAUCCUGUUUAGACAAGUAAAUGUAGCUGUGGCUGCAUUUCUGUAACAUCAUGCGUUUGAUGUCAGUGGGGUUUGAAGACUUUAAAGACUGGACUGGGUUUGACUGUGAAGGCUGCUGUGGACAGUGAGGUUCUUUGGUGUGUGCCUUUUUUGUCUUUCACCCUUGUUAUAAUACACUGCUAUUAGAUGCAAAUCAACUCUCUUCUCAACUUCUCAAUCUUUGUAAGCUUGUAAGAUAUUGUGAUGUCACAAAGUUUUUUGCCCUACUCUCUCCACUACCUUAACAUCUGAUUCACAGCUUAAUGUAUGUUGUAAAGAAAAAACUCUUUAAUUUAAUGCAAAAUGUAAUAAAAAAAUAAAAAUAAAAUUCUUGUCAUGAA